UAAAUACUGAACCACGAGAAACCCUAAACCCUAGCCGCGCUUCUUCCGCCUAUAUUACCUGCUGUCGCUGCUUCCACAUUCGCCAAUCAAACAAACAGUCGUCGUCCCUUCUUCGUACGCUCAAGCGGCAGCAGCCAUGGUAGCAAGAACUCCUACUAGAGGUCGCGGCGGAGGCGGCGGGUUUAGGGGAGGAAGGGGAGAUGGCGGAGGCCGAGGCGGUAGAGGAGGCGGUAGAGGACUUGGUGUAAGGGGAGGAGGCAGUGGGAUGAAGAGAGGAGGCGGGAGAGGAGGCCCGAGAGGCGGUGGAAGAGGCGGCGGAAGAGGCGGCGGCAGAGGAGGGGGGAUGAAGGGCGGAAGUAAGGUAGUUGUUGAGCCACACAGACACGAGGGCGUUUUUAUAGCUAAGGGUAAAGAAGAUGCUCUCUGCACCAAAAAUCUGGUACCUGGUGAAGCCGUUUACAACGAGAAGAGGAUUUCUGUUCAGAAUGAAGAUGGCACGAAGGUUGAGUACAGAGUGUGGAAUCCUUUCCGUUCGAAAUUGGGCGCCGCCGUUCUUGGAGGAGUCGAUAAUAUUUGGAUUAAACCUGGUGCUCGAGUCCUUUAUCUUGGUGCUGCUUCAGGAACUACUGUUUCUCAUGUUUCUGACAUUGUUGGUCCUGAUGGUGUAGUUUAUGCUGUAGAAUUUUCUCAUAGAAGUGGAAGAGAUUUGGUGAAUAUGGCCAAGAAGAGAACUAAUGUGAUACCCAUUAUUGAGGAUGCUAGGCAUCCUGCAAAGUAUAGAAUGCUUGUUGGCAUGGUAGAUGUUAUAUUUUCUGAUGUUGCUCAGCCAGAUCAGGCUAGAAUACUUGCCCUAAAUGCAUCUUACUUCUUGAAAGCCGGUGGUCAUUUUGUGAUAUCAAUUAAGGCUAACUGCAUAGACUCUACGGUCCCUGCCGAGGCUGUGUUCGCCCAGGAAGUAAAGAAGCUGCAGGCGGAGCAAUUCAAGCCUGCAGAACAGGUUACACUCGAACCCUUUGAGCGUGAUCAUGCCUGCGUUGUCGGUGGCUAUCGAAUGCCUAAAAAACAAAAACCCACUGCAUAAAAAAGAAAUCUUUUAACUUAGAACAUGCUUAAACGUCGUCGAACAUGGGUUUUAAGAUAUUUUUCUAUGUAUUCUAUUUGACAGCUUCUGCUACCUUGUUUUAAUACAUGUGAGGUUUUGCCCAAAACUGUUGAGGUUAGGACAUACAAAUCCAUAUCUAUUUUGUGCCCCUUUCUUAAUUUAAUGUGUUCUGAUUUGUAUUAUUGGUUGUAGGAAAUAUCUGUUUUGUAUGCUCAUCAUGCCUUAAUUUUUUUUUUA